GGCUGACCAAGGAGCAGAUUGACAACCUCUCAAUGCGCAACUUUGGUGAAAGUGAUGCCUUGAAGACUUGCAGUGUAUGCAUUACAGAAUAUGCAGAAGCCCCUCGUCGUUAUCGACGUCACUCGGUGUUCUGGCCAAUGUGCUGCUGCAGCUCGUUCAUAGUCCACAGAGGAGGGAAACCAGGAAGUGCCCGUGUCACAGUACGGCGAGGACGAUGGCUCUUCGGAGAGUUGGGGCUCGAUUGUUGCACUUUCAGAGAGACGGGUUCACGACUGCCUCCGUCCAAACGCUUGUCAGACUCAAACGAACCUGUCCUGUUCAAGUGAGCCGUCUCGAUCAUUUGGUUCUUACAGUGAAAAGUGUGCCAGACACCAUCAAGUUCUACUCCUCGGUCCUUGGCAUGGAGGUCAUCACUUUCAAGGGAACCCGUAAGGCCCUGGGUUUUGGCCAGCAGAAGUUUAACCUUCACCAGCUGGGUCAGGAGUUUGAGCCCAAAGCCAAGCAUCCAACCACAGGCUCCGCAGAUCUGUGCCUCAUCACCAAAACCCCCCUGGCUACGGUGGCUUCACAUCUGAAGGUUUGUGGGGUCGAGAUCGAGGAAGGUCCAGUGGAAAGGAGCGGAGCUGUGGGGAGCAUCACCUCGCUCUACUUCAGAGACCCGGACCACAAUCUCAUUGAACUGUCGAACUAUAACCAGACAACAUCAGUGGGAACUUCUUAAGACUUCUUUUGCCUUGUUGGUUAAUGAACAAAUGUUGUACAAUUUGAGUUUAAGCUAUGAAGUUUUCCACUAUAAUUACUGUAUUUCAAAAAACACAUGCACUAUCAGACAAGAUCAGACGAGAUGUUGUUCCUCUGUAGUUCUGCUUAAUAGUGACAGGGCUGAUUUAGUGAUUUGAAUUCGGAACAGAAGGUGAGAAAUACAUUACUCCACAAUGUCUGGUACACUGAGAUACAUUACUCUUCCUCACCAUUGCUUCUCUGCUGGACUGCUGAAAUACCUAUGACACAGUAUGAUUAUAUUGGUAAGGAUGUUUAUUGUCAUUGUAAAAAAACAUACAACGAAAUUAAGUUGGCAACUCAGUCAGUACAACAGUAACAGGUAAAACAUUUAAGACAGGACAUUCUGAUUUAAAAAUAAAUAAAACAUAAAACACAG